AUGACGGUGACCGUGAGUGAGCCUUUAGAUAACAAUCUGUCCUCCCUCUGGCAUAGCGCCUGCAAGGACUAUGCUAGGGACACUGGAAUUACGUUGACGGAUGAGCGUUUCCCUAAAGUCCAGGGGCCUGAGGAUUUGUCUAGCCAGCUAGAUUCUGAAAAGGACAAUUUUGAAGAUUUUCGGAUGAAAAAACGGCCCCUUUUCCAUGCAAUGCAGAUGGUCGUGGCGCCCUUUGAAAGUUGGGGUGACCUGAUCGCUGGUGUAGCCUCUGCCGCUUUCCCUCCAGCAUCGUCGAUUAUGGGCGCGAUGCUCCUUCUGGUCCGGGCGGCACGCAGAGUUAGUGACGCUUUCAACGUGAUCAUCGACUUAUUUCAUCAGCUGGGCAACUUCGCUCAGCGUCUGGCCUCAUACAAUGGGGUGCUCCUCAGUGAGGGAAUGAAAACGAUCAUUGUAAAAGUGUUAGUCAAUUUCCUCCGAGUUUGCGCAGCGUCGCAAAAGCUCUUGAGCCAAGGUUCAUUUAAGGCGAGAUUUUCAAAGUGGGCAAAGAACAUGCUUGUUGAGGAUACGUCGAUUAGCUCUCUGCUAGAUGACCUAGCGCAGCUGACAAGCCAGGAACAUAUGAUGGUGUCUGCUCAGUCGCUUAAUCUCACCCAUCAAGCCCUGAGAAAUACUGAGGAAUUGCUCGGUAGAGACGAUCGUAGAAACGACCGUGAGAGGCUGGAAAGGGUCAAAGCAGCAUUAGAUCCAGUCUCUGCAUCUGGCCAAGUCUUCUCUUCCAUCACCCAGAAUCGCAUACCGGGAUCCGGCAGCUGGGUUGAAGAUAGGAUUCGGUCCUGGUGGCAGGGAUCUCACCCGCUCCUCUGGCUUCACGGUGGCCCUGGGGUGGGCAAAUCCCAUCUGGCAUCCAAAAUCAUCACCGAUCUUUCCAACGAGAAGUCAUCCGUCACCCCUGCGCCCGUGGUUGCCUCUUUCUUCUAUAAGAACAACGAUGUCGACUUACGCUCCCUCAACAAAGCUCUGCGAACGCUGGCAUGGCAGGUGGCCAUGCAACAAUCGAGCUUUGCGGUGCAUGCCGAGGAGUUUUGCAUAAAAGACGACCCUGAGAACAGCUACGUCGUUUGGGAGAAACUCUUUCUAAAAUACUUUACCGACGCUCCAUCGGACAUCGCAACGUGUUUGGUGAUAGACGGCAUUGAUGAGGCUAGUACGGAGGAACAAGAAGUCCUUUUCAGUCUACUGGAGAAAACCUUCUUAGCAGAAGACGAUAUGAGCCGAACCCUUCCUUUACGAGUCGUACUCCUCAGCAGAGAUUCGGUACGCGGCAUGUUCGACGAACAUUCGUUGAGCUGGAUUCCAGAGAUUGAAGUCGGUAAUAACCAGAACAAGGACGAUCUCCACCAAUACGUUUCUCAGAAACUACAGACGACCAAACUGUUUCGCGGGUCUCCUGAAUUUCAGGAGGAAAUUAUCAACAACAUCAGUCAGGAAGCCGAGGGCCUGUGGGAAUGGGCUAAUCUUGUCGUCAAAUCUGUCCUGCGCUGUCGAACCAAAGAGCAGAUUCGAAAGAUGGUUAGGACAAUGCCGCGAGGGAUUAGCGCAAUGCUUCAUGAAGAGCUGCAGCGUCUGAAUAGAGAGCUGUCCGGGUUGGAAGAAUUGUCUGGAGAUGAGGCAUCAGACGGGGAAGGAACUGCCACACAGAUUGACCAGCUUAAUGUCCUGCUCUCAUUUGUCGCUUUGGCCCAAAAGCCAUUAACUGUUCGUCAGCUUGAUAUUAUUCUCGAGCUCAUUCUGAAAGAGGAGUUCCUGAGUCUUGAAGAUGAUAUUCGCACAGUUUACUCCUCUCUGUUUUCCAUCAGAGCCAACGAUAGUCAAGACGGCUUUGAUGAAAACAGUGACGUUGUAAUACUACGGCAUAGCUCCUUUUAUGAUUUUUUCAGGACAUCUGGGGAGCCCGGACCCAUCCAUGUUAACGUCGAUCGAGCGGAAGCGAACUUCCUAUACGUUUGUCUCUAUGCUCUCAGAGAGAACUACACGCCCUAUUCAGAGAGAUUCAUGGAAGGCCUCUCGAGGUAUGCUGAGAAGUUCCUGCCGUCACAUCUUUCGCGUGCGAAUCCCGAAAAGGCAGGAAAUCUACAAGGAAAGAUUUCCGCCUUGCUUGCCAGUCUGUUCAGCAAAGGGCAAGAUACAGAGUUGUUCAUUAGCGAAUAUAAAGUUAAGGAGUUUGCUUCAUAUUCGUUCUACCCAACGUGCGAGUUAACAGAGCUCGGCUCCUACUGGCUGGACGCUCAAGAUCGGGAUACUGCAAAUAAGAGGGCUGAGGUUGUACUCAGUUGGCUUCUCCCAGAUUCAAAACAGAUGUUCGUGGACAACGCCCUAUCUUCAGCGGUAGCAAGUGAUGCAUGUCCCUUCACAGUUCUCUUAUCACUUAUGGUAUCGUCCUGGAGUCAACGCUGGCUAGAACCAGACGAAAUCAAGGACGAUGAUGGAUUACCUGCCAUCGCCCCCGCCAUUUUGACAGUAUACAAUGCAAUGGCAACAGAAAUGAAGGAGUCUAAUGUAGACGGUUUAACAGCAAAGGUAUCAAACGUAAUGUGGAAUUACAGAGAACCUGCCAGGGUCUUACUUCCUGCCGAGUCACAAAAGCUUCAGCAGACACCUAUGUGGCAUGCGCGAGUCGCUCAGGCACUGCUCCUACAUCAGUGCCAUGUGCCAGCGCUUGACCAUUUCCAAAUUUCUCUGGACGAGAACCAAAAAACUCCAACAUUCAGUUCGCAAUCCCUAUCUGUCAUCCACAGAGACAUGGCUCGUGCAUGUACCGAGAUGGCGAGGCACAAAGAAGCAUUAGAGCAUUCUGAAUUAUCGGAGACCCUGCACAGCACCCUCAAGGAGAGUGAUGAUCGCUUCGCUAAUGAUGCUAUCGAUGACUUGCUAAACAAGGCGCAAAUGAAACACCAUGCAAAAUUGACAGAUGAUGCAAUUGAAACCGCAGAGGAAGCUUGGAAACUGAUACUAAAAACGAAAGGCGAGGACCGCGAUACUCGUCUUGACCUGCUGCCCUUCUUCUCGAUCUUCCUGGAACUAAACCAACCGCAUCGUCUCCGGUCGGUGUUUGAUUUUGCCUUUACACAUUUCGAGGAGCCAGUCGAGAGUAAAAUCACUGGCAGGCCUCUCGAUUUUGAAAGUUUCAUCCUCGACUGUUUUAUUUUUCGACCCCGCAUAAUGUAUAGGGUCCUUCACUACGCCCUAGCUCAUGGUGAUCAGCAUUAUCUUGAUCUUACCGCCAGUGCCCUAAAAAAAGUCGACACCGAGCAUGAUAGCCCUGAAGAACUCAAAUACCUCUUCGCGACGGUAUUAUUUGAGAAGGGGCGGAGGGAUGUAGCGGUACAGGGCUGGUACGAGGUUGCCUCCCUCUCCGAAGUCUCCUCCUUUAAGUGGGAUCAGUCUUCUCGCAUACGGUCAAUAGGCCACCUAGUUGCCUUGUGCCUAGAUGAUGCUGAUAUCCCUUUCUGUGAAAGGCCGCCUUUGACCAUGGACGGAACUACUGAAUUCGGCGAUGUCUAUCUGGUACUCGCGAGCUGGUUGCGAGAUCAUGGGGAUAUCACCAACGCUAAAGAUGCUCUCCGCUGGUGCGUGAAAGAAUGUAUCUCGUUGCUAUCAGAUGAUGAUCCUUCCAACGACAUCAAUGCCUUCGUGAGGCUUUUUAGGACAUUUCUGGCCGUUACAGAUAGUGAUGAAGACCUUGGAGCGGCCUUAUAUUUGAUCAAGCAAAGUACCGAGCCACGAAGGAGGGUGGCUCGUAAUAGGACAGAUGCUGUAAAGGCAUUAGACGGUGAUGGGCAGGUUGACGUCUCUAGAACGCUCGAAAAUGUACAAUUGACAGACGACGAAGAUCAAAGCCCAGAUGGUGGCGAUGAGGAUGAUAUAGACGAUGUCUUAUUUUCUGGGACCGUGUGCGACCCUUUGACCGAGUGUUGGAGCUGCAAGCGGGAAAUCGGGUCCAUACACCACUGGUAUUUCUGUCGCUCUUGCCCGUUCUCCACGCUAUGUUGGCGGUGCUACCGCCAGUUUAAGUCGGAUGAUUCAUCCAAAUUCUCAGGUAUCUGCGAUCCUAAGCACGAGUUCUAUUAUACGGGCGCGCUUCUUCGGCCCUUUGAGCGGGUGCCUAAAGGCAUGGUGCCUUUGGUUGAUUCUGAUGGCGAGAAACGGACUAUCUGGGUAGAAGAAUGGAAGGAUAAGCUUGCAGAGAAAUGGGAGACCGCGGAUUCCGCGUAUGAGGGUACGCUGUCAGCUUGGUGUAUGCGUGUUCUCCCAGAACCGCAGAAGGCUCGGUGGGCUACACUCUUCCAAACCUGA